CCCGUCUCCCACCCCAACCUCUCCCUGGCCCAUUUCCGUCCCAACACAGCCAAGCCGAGACGGCCCGACCUAUCGUCUUCUUCCUCCGUUCGACCAGCUGCAGCCAUGAACCGCCGGCGCCGUCACCUCGAAUCCCAUCACAUGAACCAUUUCUUGCAAAACCAACACCGGAAGAUCAAUUCAUGUCUCUUCACGAACCGAUUCAGGCCGCUAACAGUCUGUAUCUCCUUUUCAAUCCCCAUUUGCAACUGACGAGCCGCGAAUGCCGGCCGUCGGCAUCCAACUCUCGAUCUCCCUCCGUGGCCUGUAAAACCAAUUUCGGAUCGCGUCAUCUCGAGUACCUUCCCAUCCUUUCUCAAACCCAUCUUCUAAUUUCACUUGCCUGCACGCUACGGAAGCGGACAGUAACCAUGUGCCGGCAAUCGGCAUCGGAUGGCGCGCGGCUCUCCCCCAUAGGAACCACCAAGCUACGUACAUACAUGCCGAAGGGCAUCCUGGGUCUCUAAGCGCGCUCAAGAUCACCGCGGUCGUGAAGGUUCCUCUGCUAUGCCAAAUGUCGUGGUGGGCAACGAUGUUGCCGGUGCCGAGACCGAGCAUGGUGAUAUGAUACAAUAUGGGGAGCAAGUCAGCUCGGUCGAGUGUACUACCAGAAUCCCGACGACCGGCAGAUAUAGAAAAAAUUACUCGCAGUUACUCAACGGAGAUUGGUAGGGGGGCCUAUGGAAUAGUUUACAAGGGAACAGAUAAAGACGGGAAAGACAUUGCUGUGAAGGUGCUCCAGGAGAGAACAGGUGGGAAUCAUGACGAGGAGUUUAACAAAGAGUUUUAUAGCCUUUUAGAGCUGAGGCAUCAAAAUAUUAUACUUCUGGUUGGUUACUGCUAUGAAACAGAAAAAAGGAUUAACAAUUUAACAAAAAAGUUUGAUGAGAUAGUAAAGGCAGCUCUAUGUUUUGAGUAUGCGCCCAAUGGAAACCUCCGCAACUAUAUUUCUGAUGAGGGCCGUCAACUUGAUUGGCACACGUGCUACAAAAUUAUUAAGGGAACUUGUGAAGGAUUACAUUACCUUCAUCAUCAUCCAACAGGACCAAUUUACCAUUUGGACCUAAAACCUGAGAACAUUUUGCUCAGUGGAGACAUGGUUCCCAAAAUUGCAGAUUUUGGUAUGUCCAGGCUUUUCAGUGAUAAAACAACCAAAGUCUCAACAAGCCCAAUAGGAACUUGGAGAUAUCAGCCUCUAGAAUACAAAAAAGGAGGAACAAUCUCAAAAGAGUUUGACAUAUACAGCUUGGGUGUCAUAAUGAUAGAGAUGGUUGUAGGACCUAAGACCUAUGACAAUUUUGAUGAUUUCUCACUCGAAGAAACUAUUGUCCAUGCAGAAAAAAAGUGGAGACCUAAACUAAAAGAGACAGAGACGUACCAAUCACUAGAAGCGUAUUGCCAGCAAGUCAAGAAAUGCCUGGAGAUAGGCUUAACAUGUGUGGAGGCGAAUCGACGUAGAAGGCCAACAAUAGCCCAUAUCAUCAGUCAGCUGAAUGAGGUGGAGAUUAAGACCCUUAAUCGAAAUUCAGUAUUCCAGGAGUCGAGGAAGGGCUCAGGGAAAUCAACACAGCAGGCUCAAUCGAUGCCGCACACGUGGGCAGCAGGAAGCAGCAGGGAGCAGCACCGAGCAACCACACAGAUAGCACAGAAGAAAGUCAACUCAGAAAAUACUAGACCGGAGGAAUCCCUGGCUUAUAAUCCCCCCGCUGCAAUAAACAAUGCGGCCAAAGCCAACAGCAAAUGUUUCAGUUUCAGUUCCAGCCAGGGACACAUUCAUAUGUCGUUCAGUACCAAGCGUGGACACCGGGGGCACCAGUGCAGGUACAAGUGGAAGAUGCAUUACGAAAGAAAAAUCAAGCGAUGGAAAUUUAUCGCUCAAGUAACAUGAUUCCAAUCUGCAGCGAGAAGGUCGGCUAAAAGUCAGGACCAUCAUGUAAUAACAAGUCAGUUAGAUGCUCAAUUUUAUGGAAAAGUAUAUUUUUUGAUCCUGAACAAUUAGGAAAAAUAUACAUUAGCUCACUUUUUUUUGGAUACUUCUUCCCCCAAUUGUCAAAAUUGGACAGUUUUGAUCCCUUGACACCGACAAUAAGUGGUAUAGUGCCAAUAUGGAGCGGAUUAUCUGACUUGCCACGUGGCCAUCCAUUGGAGCAUGUGGAGCACUGCGUCAGUUCUAGUUGUGCCUGCUCCCCAAGGCUAAUCGGCGGUUCACACUUCGAAUCCUAGACAUUUUUUUUACCAACGAAUCCUAGACAUUGGUGACAUAGAGAAAGAAAAGAAAGCCCUUAGUAGUAAGGGAAUGAGCAAGUGCAUGCGAGUGAGAGAGAGGGAAGUGAGACCAACAAUGUGGCAAAUCACAUGCAAACAACUCCGCAUUUGCAGUAAUACCAAUUUUAGGUGGCUCGAAGAACCAAAAGUAUCUGGUUUUGACAAUUGAGUGACGAAAUAUCUACGAAAAAAGAUAGGGUGCCAAACAUAGGAUGCAACUUUUUGCCGGCUCAUGUACCUACAAUAGCCCAAAAUUUCAUGAUGAUAUCAAUGGGGUAUUAUUACUUUGAGACAUUAUUUUAUUAACAUAUUAUUAUUUCAUUUCUAUAUCAUACCUACAAGAGCCCAAAAUUUCGAUACCAAUCAAAUUUCAUGAUGAUAUCAAUUCCGUAUUAGUGGAGUAUUAUUACUUUGAGACACUAUUUUAUUAACAUAUUAUUAUUCCAUUGAUAUAUCAUUUAUAUUUUCUUGGUAUAUCAUUAAAAUUUCAUUUCUAUUUCAUUUAAAUAUCAUUAUUAUUUCUUAAUACAUGCAUGAGUGGAUGCCACAUGGCAUUGCAUGUUUGAACCGCUAGGUACCGAAGCAGGUAAAAAAAGAACACUUUUUUGGAAAUGAUAGAUCAUGAAGAUUAAUAUACUUAUCUUUUAUGUUUUAAUUAAAUUUCCUUUUCCAAUCUAAGUGAAAGAAAUUCAAUGUGGAAGUUCGAUAAAUGGAUCUUAAGUUGGCCAUUGUUUUUAUUAUUUACCUGGACUUAUAUUUAUAAGGUUUGACUUAGAGCAAAGGUAGAACAUCUUAUAUUUGGAAACAGAGAAACUAGUAUUAUAUUAUUAUUUUUCGAAAAGGGGAACUCGCCCCGGCCGAAAUAUUUUGUACCUCUAACAAUAUAUUCAUGCUUUAAUUGCCACACAUCCGGUGGCUUCAGGAAUUAGGACGGCGCAGCCUCUCUGGAUUAGACUAAUUAAUUAGGCAGACAGCGAUAUACUCCUAUAGCUUCGCAUGUUCGACUUAUACUACUUUUUAAUCCGCAUCAAAGCACUAAUAUUUUUGAUAGUGCAGACUGAUUCAAGCAUUUUACACAGGCCCUUCAAACUGUCUUGCACGCCCCUGCUGGUUUCUCAACAGGCAUGACGGGUGGCGUGGAGCAGGAGCGCGGCUGUCCACUGUGCAACCUUGCAAGCUUUCCGCAACAACAA